CCAUUGGACAGGAAUCGUUCGCUUUUCCUUCCUAGCUGAACUACUCUGAGGGCGACCGCUCGACUGGCUGGUCAACAGGUGUGAGGACUCGGCAGUACUGACAAUGUCCUUCAGAGAUUUGAGAAAUUUUACAGAAAUGAUGAGGGCGUUGGGCUAUCCCCGCUUGAUAUCGAUGGAGAACUUCAGAACACCUAACUUCAACCUGGUGGCAGAAAUCAUGAUAUGGCUUGUUAAAAGAUAUGAGCCUCAAAUGGAUAUUCCCGCAGAUGUGGACACAGAGUCAGACAGAGUAUUCUUCAUAAAGGCUGUGGCUCAGUUUAUGGCGACUAAAGCUCACAUCAAGCUGAACACCAAGCGCCUCUACCAGGCUGAUGGCUAUGCAGUGAAGGAGAUGUUGAAGAUCACCUCGGUGCUGUACAGCGCCAUGAAGACCAAGCAGAUGGGCCUGGAGGACAGAGUGGAGGAGGACAGCAGCAAGUUCAAGUUCGACAUUAGCUCACGGAUUUCAGACCUUAAAGAAGCUCGACAGCUGGCAUCUGAGGUCACGUCUAAAGGAGCAUCUCUGUAUGAUUUACUGGGCAAGGAGGUGGAACUUAGGGAAAAGAGAACUGCGGCCAUUGCAAGACCCCUGGAGAUUGAUGGCACUGAAAGGGCCCUCAGAGCUGCCAUUAAAGAGGCUUUGGAAACGGUGGAGAAGACCAAAGAAAUGUUGAAUAAUAUUGUUUCUGACGAGGCCAGUCUGGAUGUCAAGAUAGAAAAGAAACAACAGGAACUGGAGAGAAGUCGGAAGAGGCUUCAGACGCUGCAAAGUGUGCGACCAGCGUUCAUGGAUGAAUAUGAGAAGAUCGAAGAAGAACUUCAAAAGCAAUAUGAGGUCUAUGUGGCAAAGUUUAAGAACCUUUGUUUCCUAGAGUCUCAGCUGGAAGAUUAUCAUCAGCUGGAGCAAGAGAGGUUUGAGGAGACGGAGAACACUCUAAGGCUGAUGCAGCAAAAUCUGAAGGAAGAGGACAGAGAUCUCAUGAGGAGCUCAUUGAAAAAUGUGGACUCUGACAUGGAUGUUCUUGAGGACGAAGCGGACUUGGACAGUGACUUGGAAGAAUCUCGGCCCUCGAAUCCACGGCCUACUCGAAAUGGCUUGAUGGCUGCUAAACACACGAACGAUUUGUUCAGAAGAGGAGGAACAAGAUUCAUCGGGAACAUGCAAGGUGGCGACAGUGGUGAGCCAACAUUGGCCAUUCCCAGAAGGCCAAAACAGAGGGGAAAGUCCGAAGACAGUGAGAUUGAGGUGGACGAAGAUGACGACGAAGAAGGCGAGGACGAGAGCAAAGCAUUGGAUGAUGACAGUUUGGAAGAUCCUGUGUCGAGGGCGACCCGCUCCUCCAGGGGACGCGUGAGACCGCCCCUGUCUGAGGAGAGCGACAACGAUUUCUGAUUUUUAUAAACUUUCACGCACAUUUUACAUGAACUUUUUCAUUUUGUAGCCCGUCAUAUCUAUUCUAUUGUAAAAUUGUAUAGCAGUGAAUAUAGUAAUAAUCCAUCGCAGGAGCACAGAGCAUCCAUAUACAGGAGAGCUUACAUCAUGUGAAUUUUGAAGUAAAGUCCUCU